UCGAAGGGAUCCGAGACGGAAAGUCCUCGGUCUGUCAACAGUCCAAGAAGAACACUGAGUCUAUCGAGAAAGCGGAGGGCAACUGUGUCAUUUCUCGAUUCCGAUGAUAAAAACAACUCUGCCUCUGGUUUGUCAAGGGAUCAUGGCCCUAAGCCUUCUGAAGUUUACGGUUUCGUUGGAUCUAUAACUACCGUUGUUGCUACAGUUAUUUUCUUGGUAUGGGCAUAUGUUCCAGAAUCAUGGCUACAUUCUAUUGGCAUUUCCUACUAUCCUAGCAGAUACUGGGCUUUGGCAGUACCAACUUAUGUGAUGGUGACCAUUGUAUUAAUGUUGGCAUUCUACAUUGGCCUUAACUUCAUGUCAACACCAUCUCCUGCAUCCUUAAACGCAGUUUUUGAUGAGUACAGUAGGGAUCCUUUGAGUCGUGAUUUUUUGGAAGAUAAGGAUGAGAAGCCCAUUGAUCCCAUUUCUGAUGUUGGUAUCGACAGAAUCAAUGAUGCUAUGUUCUGUAAUUCAGACUAACAAUCAGACAUCCUGACCUGUUUCCAAUAGUAUAGUUGAUAUUCUGCCAAGCGGUUGCUACUGAUGUGAGUUCUCGCAUGAAAUUGAAAUGUUAUAGCUUUUACAUAUGAACUUUGUUGAGUUAGUUUGUGAAAGAAUGAUUGGAUUUUUUGUAAUUCAUACUGAUUUUAGAGUAUUACCUUGAUAUCCAUUCCUGCA